UCCUCUUUCCGGCUGUUUACCCGGCUGUUUACCGCCUCUGUGCGCAGCCUGCAGCGUGAGGCGGGCCUGUGCGGGAUCCGGUGACACGGUUGUCUCGUCACACACCACACAAUGCUGGGCUGUCUGCUGCGAGGAGGCUGCGGUCCUCUGGUUCUCCUGUGGGCCCUGAUGAUGCCUCUGGUCUCCCCUCAUCGCUUAAACCAACAUGGGCGUGGGAGGGACCGGCCCAAGCUGCUGCUCUUGUCCUUCGACGGCUUCCGCUGGGACUACAUCGACCGAGUCCCGACGCCCAACUUCCUCAACCUCAUCGAAAACGGCGUCAUGGUGGAGCACGUGGAGAACGCUUACAUCACCAAGACUUUCCCCGACCACUACAGCAUGGUGACGGGGCUGUACGCCGAGACGCACGGCAUCGUGGCCAACGAGAUGUACGACCCCGUCAUGAACCGGUCCUUCUCCAUGGAGACGGACAGUAUUUAUGAGUCCCGGUGGUGGGAGGCGGCGGUGCCUCUGUGGAUCACCGUCCAGAAAGCCGGAGGGCGGAGCGGGGCGGCGAUGUGGCCGGGGUCCGACGUGAAGAUCCACGGCGUCUUCCCCAACCGGUUCCUCCCCUACAACGCCUCGGUCUCCUUCGAAACCAGAGUGGAGAGCAUCAUCGAGUGGUUCUCCGCACCCAAAGAGGAAGCGGUGGAUUUCGGGGUUCUGUACUGGGAGGAGCCGGACGAGAGCGGCCACAAAUACGGGCCUGAGAGCUCGGAGAUGGACAAGGUCAUCGCCGGGAUCGACGAGAAGCUCGGCUUCCUUAUCAACGAGCUGAAGAAGGCGGGUCUGUACGAGAUGGUGAACCUGAUAGUGACCAGUGACCACGGCAUGGUGCAGCUCUCACGCGACAAGAUCAUAGAGCUGGACCAGUAUGUGAACCGAGAGCUGUACACCUGGGUGGACAAGAGUCCCGUGGUGGGAAUCCUGCCCAAAGAAGGAAAGCUUGAAGAGGUGUACAGCCUGCUGAUGGAUGCCAACCCGAACAUGAUGGUGUACAAGAAGGAAAACAUUCCCGAGCGCUUCCAUUAUCAGCACAACGUCAGGAUCAUGCCCAUCCUCAUCGAGUCCAAGGAGGGCUGGACCAUCAUGCAGAACAGGACCGGGCCCUUCAUGCUUGGGAACCACGGAUACGACAACACCCUCCGCAGCAUGCAGCCGGUGUUUGUGGCCCAUGGGCCGGCCUUUCAGCAGAAUUACGUCAAGCCCUCCAUGCGCUCCGUCGACCUUUACCCUCUCAUGUGCCACAUCCUGUCCAUCCACCCUCUACCCAACAACGGCUCCCUCCUCAACGUACAGGACCUGCUGUCCCAGGAGCCACCUCCGUCCACGCCCAGCGCCCCUCCCAGGGUCCACGGCUACUCCUACGCCCCCGUGGUGGGCUCCUUCCUCGGCGUGGUGAUGGUGCUGGGCUUCCUGGUGGUCUACAUCAAACAGGUGACGCUCAAACAGCUGCCCUCGCUAAAACACCGGAGCAGGGAGAUGUCGCAGCCGUUACUGCAAGAGGACUUGCACCUGUAGCUGGAAAAAGGGAAAUGAUGGAAGGCGUAAAAAAAUAAAAGAAGAGGAGUUAUCGCUCCCCAAGGUAGUCCGCUCUGCCCAGAAGCAUCCCUCCCAACGCCUCCCUUACACGGCUAAAUGCUAUUAUGCUGCUCUUUUUAUCAGUUGGAGAUAAAGGGAAUCCGAUUUAAAUCAUGUGCAUCUGGCUUGCUUGAGUGUGAGGGAAGUGUCCGGGGUUGUUGCUUCUGUCGCAGGCUUAAUCAAGAUUAAUAAACCUUUACAUGGGCUUUAUAGUGGCUUUGCUUUGAUUGUGAAUUUUACCUAAUAUCAUCUCGUCAUUUUUCAUUGUCACUUGAUCAGUAAAAACUUUUUUCGCCUGUGAUUCUAGAAAGUAGGAACUCUUGUUGGCCCAAAAAAAAAAAAAAAAAAAAAAAAGGACACUCGAAGAACGUUAAGGUGUCAGGAUGCUCGAAACAAACUAGUUCGUCUGAAGGUGAAUCCUGAAAGAUAGAGGCUGAGUUCUUCUGCAUACUUUUGACCUUUAUUGUCAAGACACAGAGGGAGGGAUCCAGAUAAAAAUAUAUUUAUCUAAUUAGCACUUUUCAAAACCAGAUGUUACAAAGUGCCUAACAGAUGCUAUUCAACAAUCCAAACACUGGUUUUUUUAAGCAUCCUGACACCUUCACUUCCCAAAUCCACAGCAGUAUUAACCGCUGUGGAUUUGGUUUAUUCUGCUUUUUCAAAUCUAUGCAAAAUAGAUUUGAAUGUCAUAAAGUAUAGAGACGGAACGAGGCCUUCUCUUUUUUUUUGCCGCCAAUUGUUCCACUUGUGGUCCGAGCACUGAAUCAUAAGUUACUUUGAAAUACAAAUGCUGUGAUUAAUCAGAAAAGUAUUCAAAAUGAAUUUCAGGAGGUCGACAUGGGCGGUGUUAUUCUUUUAAAUGUUACAUGGAAGCAGAUGUUCCACUAAAGACUCACUCCGUGUGCCAGGCUACUGCUCAUAUAGGUAACCCCAUUAGCCAAUCCCAUCACGACUUUGCUCUGUAGUAGUCAGUCGCCAUUUGCCUUUUAACGUAGUGGAGAACAUUUCUCUAAAGGUGUGCAAUAGUUUGUGUGUCAAGUCUGUUUUUUUUAUUUUUGUUUUUGUAGAUUUUGUGUUUGGAGGACAUUUUUUCUGUAUAGAUGACCGUGUUUGAGCCUCUUGUUCAUAUUUCAUAGCCAUUGCCAUUUGUUGGUGUGAAAUGUAAAGUGCAAUUGCUAUUGGUCAGUAUUUCAUCAUUGGGAUUUUAAAAGGGUUUUGAUGUUUGCUCGGUGGAGAAGACUUUUUCGGCAUGACUUGCAAAGAACUGUUCCCCUGAUUUGCACUAAAGGAUCGAGAUGAGACAGAACGAAGGGGCAGUAGCUGGAUGCUUUUUAGGUCAUGUAUGAUUUGCACUUCUUGUUGGUAGUUGCUAUUUGAAAUUAUGAAGAAAAAAAAAAUAAUAAUGAGGUGCCUCUUGCCAAAAAGCUUUAUUUCAAUUUGUAUAAUUAUGGGAAGUUAAGUAGAAUCCAAAUCUGCAAAUAAAAUUCUUCUAAUAUUUUUGCAGAAUCUUUUUUCAGCCCAACGUGUGCUUUUAGAUGCAUUGACAAAUACAUGUGCUCCCCCCCAAAAAAAAUGACAGACAUCAUUGUGAUAUGUGACACUUUUUACUAAAUUUAAUUUCCGAAAUUGAAAGCACUUUUAUGGAAAUUGUUAAUUUUCUGAUAAUUGAAUUUUCCCCCUGACUUAAUUAAAUGAAAUAUAUCCAGAAUAUAUUAAAAAUAAUAAUUUGAAAUUGUUUGAAAAGAACAAAAUGAUAGAUCAGGUUAAUCUCAGUUGAUUAUUAACUUGCAUUUAAAAUACUGAUAAUUAAAAUGAUUUACAAAUUAACUCUUUGCCAUGUUGAUGCAAUUAAAGACUAAUGUGA